CCGCUCUCUCAGACCAAUGUCACGGGCGCUCGUCUGACUUAUACUUAAAAUAAUUACUUUCACAUCAAUGUGCAUGUUAUGUUAGUGUGUGUUCUCUCUCGGAUUUAGCGCUACGUCGGUUUUGAAAGUUGAAUCUCCACAAUGACGACCGGGACAUCGCUCGCGCUGGCAGGCAGCUACUUCGUAGCCAAGAACAAAUAUGUGGACGACGAGAACAUGAACGCCGUCCUGUCAGGAAGGAUUGGCAAGCGGAGAGAUUACGAAUGGCAGAUUGUGUGGAGAAACGUUCUGGCGUUUGUAUACCUGCACGUUGGCCUAAUCUACGGUUUCUAUCUCAUUUUCACCGGCAGAGUCAAGCUAUGGACGCCUGUCUUUGCGGUAAUAUUCACGCUCCUGUCGGCCAUAGGUGUAACGGUGGGCGCGCACCGACUAUGGGCGCACCGCGCGUACAAGGCGCGCUGGCCGAUGCGCCUGAUCCUCGCCCUGCUGCAGACCAUGGCAUUCCAGAACCACAUCUACGAGUGGGUCCGCGACCACAGGGUCCACCACAAGUACACGGAGACGGACGCGGACCCGCACAACGCGCGGCGCGGGUUCUUCUUCUCGCACAUCGGCUGGCUCAUGGUCCGCAAGCACAAGGAAGUCUUCGAGAAGGGCGCCCAGAUUGACAUGUCCGACCUGGAAAAGGACCCCAUUGUGAUGUUCCAGAAGAAGACGUAUCUAGUGGUGAUGCCGAUCUUGUGCUUCCUGCUGCCGUCGUGGAUCCCGGUGUACUGCUGGGGCGAGGACCCGUGGACCUCGUGGUACGUGGCCUCCAUCUGGCGGUACACGCUGUCGCUCAACUUCACGUGGCUCGUCAACUCGGCCGCGCACAUCUGGGGAAACAAGCCUUUUGACAAAAACAUAGGCGCCACAGACAACGUGACCGUGGCGAUUUGUGCCGUCGGCGAGGGCUGGCACAACUACCACCACGUGUUCCCGUGGGACUACAAAGCGGCUGAGCUCGGCAACUACCGCACCAACAUCUCUACCGCUGUUAUCGACCUGGCCGCUAAAUACGGUUGGGCGUACGACUUGAAGACCGUCUCCGUGCAAAUGAUCAAAAACAGAGUAGCGCGGACAGGAGACGGGAGCCAUCCGUCGGUUCAAGAGGAGAAGCAGAUCGAGGAUGAUGACCACACUCACCCCGAGAACCCCGUCUGGGGCUGGGACGACAAGGACAUGCUGGAGGAAGACCGCCGCUUAGUGGAAAUAUCGCACCAGAAAUCAGAAUAACGAAUAUAAUAUAGAGGAUUACUUUAGGAGUUGACAGUGACUAGUUCCCUUCUGCGGCCCACUGUCCUAAAUUUAUACUGGACGCGGUGAUUGUUGAUUACUGAUUCGUAUUGAAUGUUUAUUUUUGUACGGUUGUCAAAUGUGGAUUUUUUAUGGUAUUUUAAACACAUGUUUGUAUUUAUAAAAUGAACUAUUAAAUUAAUAAAAAGCGGUUAACGCUUUUUCGACAAUUUUACAAAUUGAGUCUAUUAAUAAGUGAAUCAGAUAAACUGUCAUACGGAUCAUCAUUCAUCGCGUCAAGUAUGAUUCAUAAUAUCUUCACGAAUUUACUUUUUAAUCGGUACAGUUAAGCAUUUGUUUCUUUGUAAUCGUUUAUUAAACAACACAAUAUUAUUAGGUAACUGAUAAUUUCUCACACUUGAAGUUUCACAAAAAAAAAACUUUCUUUAUGGUGGGCCACUAGUUCGGUUAAACAUGGCGUAGACAUUUACUCUUGUGUACUUCUAUGUGUAAAAUACCUAUAAUUGUAUUUAAUUACAAUUGAGAGGAAAGAUUAAAAUUCUACGAUUAAAAUGUUUAAACAGGGAAUUGAUUGCAUCUGUCUGAAUGAACUAUUUAAAAGUAAACAUUUUCCUACCUUCUAGGUGACUGAUGCCAAACUGACAUUUUUAAAAUGGCGUAUGUAGAAAUAACCUCGUAUUAAGUAGUUGUUAAAUGUGAUAUUUCAUCCAUAACUGUGGAAUGAUUGAGGAUCAGACUGGGUUGUCAAACUAAUUACUUUUUCCGCAACGUAGAGUAUAAAAUGAUCCAUCUACAAUUCUACAUGUGGAUAGUGAAACUAUGAAAAAAUAAUAUAAUGAAUCGCGAGCCCAAAAAGACAUAAAAAUGAUUAUAGUUUUGUAUUUCUAAUACAUCUUCAACUGUUAAUAUAAUUAAUUUUCUUACAGCACGAUCAAGCAGCUCUUGUUUUUCAGCGCCAUCAUUAUUGUGUAAAUCAUUUCGGGCGCGAUACUUUACUAAAAUUAAUAAAUGUUGUAUUAUCGUAAAUACACCAGUAGACUUGACAUUAAAACAAUGACAAGAAAACUACACAGAUUUUAUACGAAAAGAUUUCAAUAAUAUGUAGGUAGACUGAUAUUAUGCAAUUAUUUGCUAUCUGAAAGCUUUUAAGAAAAAUUGUGCACUUAUUUUACGUGCUUUAAAAUCUGUGUUGCCUCAUAUUUAUUUAUUUUUCAUUUGUGAAUAAGGUAGUUACAAAUAUAAGGGUGCCUAAAUUAUUAUAAUUUUAAAUUGUAGUAUGUAAAACGAAUAGCCCAAAGCCCAAAUCUUUGUAACCUACCGGGCCAGUUCAGUAAAAACUAUUGUUUCAUAUUGAACUAUUGUUGUAUAUGUAUUAAUUUAAUAGUAUCUUAAGGCAAAACGACUUCUCUUGUGUUUUUGCAUUGUUAUUGAUUUUGUUAUAAUGUAAAUACAAGAAGACUUGCUCAUUAUUUAAUAAUAAUUAUAAUAUAUAUGGUAUACGCGAUUAGUCGUAUUAUAGUGAGUUUUACUAAGUAGUUGAAAUUAAAGAAAUAAAGAAAAUAA